AUGGCGGAGAAGGAAGGAGCAAUCAUCAAGAAUGGUCAUGAAGAAGGGCUAAAAAUGGCCGUGGCCCUUCUUCAAGAGUUCGACCUGCCAGAAGGGCUGCUCCCCCUGGCUGAUGUGGUUGAAGUGGGAUUUGUGAGGAGCACAGGGUACAUGUGGAUCCAGCAAAAGAAAAAAGUAGAACAUAAUUUCAAGAUGAUUAGCAAGCUUGUGAGUUAUGACACUGAUAUAACGGGCUACGUGCAGAAGAAGCGGAUCAAGAAGCUCAAAGGAGUUAAGGCGAAAGAGCUGAUGCUGUGGCCUCCAGUCAGUGAGAUAAUUGUUGAUGAUCCGCCCACCGGCAAGAUCCACUUCAAGAGUCUUGCAGGCAUCACCAAGACUUUCCCUGUCGAGGCCUUUGCUGCUGGCCAGUAA